AUGUACACAUACAAGUACAAUGACGAUGAGUUUGAACCUCUGUUGAAAGCCAAAGUUGGAUUGAGUGACGGAAGUUUUGAUAACGAUGACGACGACGUCAUAAUGAUGAAGAAGAAGUUUCUCCACUAUAAAAAAUGCUUGCUAAAAGAAAUUAAUGACGUCACUACUAGAAGCGAUGACGUCAGAAUAAACCUGACAAGUGUCGGAAUCUCUCACAUUGAUGAAAAACUUAAUGAGUACGCGGCCUUGUACAACGAUCACCUAGAGAGAUGGGACAGGAUACUGGACAGAGUGACGUCAUUCAAAAAUAAUAAUAAUAAUUAUAAUAAUAAUAAAAAUAAAAAUAAUAAUAAGGUGUGCAGUCGUAAUGAUGAUGGUGGUACUGGUGCUGACAACGAUAUUGCUGAUGAUGAUGACGUUGAUAAAGCUGAUGAUGAUGAUGAUGAUUGUAAGAAUAAUAAUAAUAAUAAUAAUUUUGGCGGUAAUAUCGGGCAAAAGAUGCUAUCAUUUUGGAGUAGGAAAGACAGAAUGAAAGAUGAAAAGGGUAAAAGGAUUGUGAAAUUCGUUAAAACUUACAAGGAAGCUCUGGAAGACUUUAUAAUGUUGAUAGCAAAUGACAUAGAUAAUAAAGUUCGCAAAUAUAGAACACAACAAAGAAAUAAAACACUACAAAAUCUGAUCAAAACAUUCAACAAAGUCAACACCGAACUGAGUCAGUUGAUUGAGAGGACGCCAUCUCUGGUGCGCUUGUUGAAAUCUAUUUCCGGUAAAACGACACAACAGCAGCAGCAGCAGCAACUACACCAGCAGCUAAAACGUCAACAUCAGCAACAACAGCUGCAAACGUCGCCAGAAAAAUCUCUCUCAUACGACAAAGUUGAAAAAUUCAUAGACGACGACGACGAUGACGUAGUUGAAGUUGAGGCUGACGCGAUCGGUGGCCUGACUAGCAGGGUAAGGUCAAAGGUCACGCAGCAGGAAAACAACAAAAUGUACAACUACAAAAAACUUGUAGUUCUUGAUAUUGAUGUUCUCGAUGAUGAUGACGAUGAUGACGACGACGACGAUGAAGAUUACGAAGGAUACGACGACGCUUAUGAUAAUAGUAUUGAUAUUUCAAUUGCUGCUGCUACUGCUGCUACCACCACUACUACAAAUAAUAAUAAUAAUAACAAGAUGGUUGAAGAUGCCGUAACAUCUCAGCCCACCUCACCUUACUUUUCAACAUUGUCAUCACUUUCGUCUCCUCGUCCACUAUCGCCAACAUCACUGCCGCAACCACCGCAACCACCGCAACAACCACAGCCACCACAACCAUCAUCAUCAUCACAGCCACAACAAACAUCGUCAGCAGCAGUAGCGACAAAAAAUAAAAAUGAUAAUCUCUUAAAAUCUUUAUGCAAUGAUAGUUUCGUAAAAGUGGGAGGGCCCAUGAUGGGGUCGGUAAGGGCUGACCUUGAAAAAUUUAUAUUGAAUGCCGGCUUAAGCGAGAAGGCGGAACUUAAAGCGAUCAAUCAACUUAAAUCCAAUUUAGGUAAGUCCUUGACAGCGUUCUAUUAA